AUGGGUUUCCAGGAGGACAUACAAGAAAAUGAUGAAAAGGCACUUCUUGCUAAAAGACUCCUGGAAGAAGCAUGUGAGAAGGAAGGACUGGAUGGUAGAUACUGGCUCCCAAAACUGUCAGAGAUACUGGGAGUGAAGUCCAGAGAAGCCCUGAAGCAUCUGCAAUAUGAAGACUACCUUAAGCUGGAAUGUGAAGUACAGUACCCCUGGGAAACAAAGGCACUCCAAAAACUCCUGGAACUAACAGAAAACAACACAUCUUUUGAGGAGCUGCAGAAGGACCGCUUGAAGAUGGUGAAGGAGAGGCAAGAAGCAGCCAGGCUAGCCCUGAAGGAGCUGAAAGAAAUGCACAAGAGCCGCAGACACAGCAAGGAUGUUAUAAGACAGAAAGAGGAGGCUCUGUGGCAAGCCAUGGAGAUUCCCAAAGAAUUCUGGGCAGCACCGCAGGAGUCAUUGGUGGAUGUGUUGGAGAACAUCCAGAAGCAUCUGGAGAAGCAGGAGUCAUCUGUGGACAGGGGUGAGAAUGUUUCAGACAUGGAGGUCCUGAGGCGAGCAUCGGGGGGACUGGCCCUGCAGGGCAUUUACAGAACCAGCAGCCUUGUGGAUGUGCUGGCAAAGCGAGACCAGCUCAUCACGGUUCCCAACGGAUUCAAGCUUGCCAGUCCAGAGCAAGGGUCACUGCUUGAGAGGAAGGAGUUCUCCUCCUCUGCAGCAGAAGCCACUUUCACCAAGUCCAUAGAGCAGCUGGGGUUCAGCAUCAGUGUUUCUGCCAAAGGUGGGUUCUGGGGGUUUAAUGUUGAAGCUGGUGAAGAUUACAGCAGCUCCUCACGGUCAGAGAACACCCACCAGUCCAGUUCUGAGCAGAGCUACAUUUGCACCACCAAGUACCAGUACCUCCCUCUGGCCUCCUGCUACUUCCAAAAGCAUCAGCUUUGCCUGUCAGAUGCAGCCCUGCGGGAGCUGCAAGACAUUGAGCACCUUUUGAGCAUCACCCAGGAAGCAGACAGGCCUAACAUGCUGAAGAGCAGGUGCACGAGCUUCUUCAGCAGGUUUGGGUCCCACGUCAACCAGGGUCCCCUCCACUUUGGAGGGAUAUUCUGGUGGAAAGCAUCUACGGAAGGAUUCCAAGCAGAGCAGCGGGAAGAGAUGAGGCGACAAGUGUCUGAAGCACUGAACUGCUACGUGGGGGCCAGCUACAGCAGCUUCAGCGUCAGCAUGGGGGUGGACGUGGACGUUUCAAAAUCCAGCUCACAGGCAUCUAGCCAGGGAAGAGAUGGAGGAAGUGCCCACACAGCAGUUCAGUUAUACGUGACCCACACUGGGGGCCCAUCACAGACGGAUUCUCUUCCUCAGUGGAAACUGGGGCUUGUAACUAAUAACACAACCUGGAGUGUUAUCGACCGGGGCUUUCAGCUGAUCCCAGUGUGGGAUAUAAUCCAGUUCAAUCACCGCAGUGAUUUUAAGUCCGUCUAUCAAAUGAGCAGCAGCCUCAGGGCUGUGUAUGAAGCACUAACGAAUCACAGCAUCGGCACCAUGUUUGGGGAUGAACUGGUCAGCGCGGUGGAAGAGGCCAGAGCUUUCGUGGAGCUCGUGAAGGCCUGGGAGGUGACGGUGGAUGAAAAGAAACUGCUCACCCUGAUAGAUUUCAAACAGUAUCUGGCUGAAAAAACCAAAAACCACAGUGUCUGGAUCAACGUGUGCCUGUCGGACAAAGCACUGCAGGAGUUCCUGGUGAAUACUGUUCUGUUUAGCAAGAGGUCACCUCCAAAAAACAUCACCUAUAUCAAGUCUCUGCUGAGAUGCCUCCUGGAUCCUCAUAUCUAUUCUGUGAAGGACUUCCCCAGAUCUUCCUUUAUUAUGCAAUGGAUCUUCCAUACUGAGGACAUGCUUCCUGAAACUCCCAAUGUUUCUGAGCUUGAAGAUCUCACAAAGACACUGCUGCAAAUGAAGGAACACAUCCAGGAAGUCACCUAUGCACCAGGAACCUCCGCAUCUGCCAUUCAUGAAGCAAAGAUAAAAGCCACCUUGACUGCAAGCCUAUCUGUUUAUUCCUUUCUCCAGUUUCUCCAGGACAGGGCACAAAAAGACAUAGAACUGUUGGUGCUCUUAAUUACGACCAGCACAGGAUACCAGGUGGAAAGAAGCACUUUUCAGUACCUCCUUGGAUAUCCAGAAAUUAACUUCAUGAUAAAUGAAAUGCAAAUGGGACACAAGGAGUAUCUGAAUCUGAAGGACCAAGACAUUUACAGAGCCCAGGCCUUCCUGCUGCUGACAGGUCUAACCAUAACUCCCAAAGAUAAAGAGGUGUCCCCCAAGCAGAAGAAUGAGCGUUUAGUCUUCAUGGAACAUCAUAUGAAAAACUUAUGGUCUUCAGAGAUAAAAACUCUCCUGGAAAAGCACAGUGGAUUCAAAGAUUGGGAGAUGUUGGAAAAUGACUUGCAUUCCUUCAUCAAUGGGCACUUCGAUGACACAUGUGAUGAUCUGAAGAAAAACAGUAUAAUCAAAGACAUGGAAGACACUUUUCAAAGAACAGAGCCUUCCAGUCAGUCCAAAUCCAAAUCAGACAGCAGCAAACCCAAAGAAAAUCAACCCAUUACAAACCCAGAGUUCCUCCACUUACUUAAGCGUCUUGAACUAGAAAGUCACUAUCCGAGAAAAAUGGGGACAGAAGAUUUCCACAUCAUAUACAACACAUCUUUACACAACAGCCAGCCCAGCAAGGACAAUGAACUACCAUUUUACUUCUUGCAAAAGCUUUUAACCGUGGAUUAUCGGGUGAGGUACCUGACCUGCAAGGACGAGCCUGAUGCAGGACUCGCACCUGUGCCAAAAAACACAAAGGAAGAGCAUGAACCCUCAGAUUCCUUUGAUGACUUUUUCACUGAUUUGGAGGAUGAAGCCCAUGAAUCUGCAACCAGGGAGAGUCGUGUGCACCCCAUGGACAUCCAGAUGGCAAUUUUUCAUUGUGCUGAUGAUUUCAUGAGACAGUACAUUUCAACAAAACUUGCUUUCUGCCAGUUUGCUCUGCCUCUGCUAGUACCAAACCCGUGCACUUCACAGAUAGAGCUCCCCCUCUGGUCCCUCAGCCAAAUUAAAAAGAGCUGGAAAGGGGUUGAGAAGUCAGGAGAGCAGGCCAGAAUUACCAGCUACAAAAACAAACUCAUUUGUCAGGCAGAGACACCCAUUGUGUCCUUCAUACGGAUUGGCAGGUCUCCCUCCUCUUCCAAGUCUCAGAUCCUGAAUGCUCUGCUGAGCAAACGGAAGCACGACACUUUUUUCCACCGACAUUGCAAAGGCAGCACCAAAGACUGUUUGCUGAUGAAAGGUGUUGUGGAGAUCUCCUGGUACUGUCCCCGAGGCAGUGAUGAUGACAGCUUUGACUGCUGUGUUGCUUUCUGUAACCUGCGUGGAGAUGUGAGGGAUCAUGACAAACAGCUGCAGUUUUUACAGGAGAUAUCAGCUGUGAAUGUGGUUCUUGUAUCUGAGUCUGAUCAGAGUGACAAGAAAGGGAUGAAAAUUCUACGUGACCUGUGGCAGUCACAAAGGCCUUUGGUUUGUCUUUUAACUGAGAAAGAGAAUGUCACAGCUCGCCGAUCUAGCCAAAAAAUAAGAAUAGGUAUCAAGAACAGAAAUGAAGCAGACUUAAUGGGUGAGCUGACAAAAACAAUCAGAGAUCUUCUGGGAGGAUCUAGCAAGUUUCUCAGCCUUGAUGCUUGCCUGGACAAAGCUCGCAAGCAUGGAUUCAUAGUUGAUGAAGAUACAGACGAGUGUGUGACAGCUAAAGAAAAGGCAAAGGCCCUGAUGAAGCUUCUGAAGAAAGAAAAGUUGUUUGAGAUCAAGUCCCAGCUACUGCCUCUUCAAGGAAAACUGUGGUACUCAUGGUGCAAAAAGGACAAAGAACUCACUCGCUUGCAGGAGAAGAGGAACAAGAGCAUCGAGCAUCAUCGGAGUCAAAUUGAAUCAGAGAAGUCAGCAAUAAGAAGAAAGCAACUGGAUAAAGCAUUCCCCCUCAAUAAGCUGAUGAGAUCAGUCCUUGGCUUUCUUGAGUCACAGCCAGCAGAUACCAAGAAAUACUUCCUGCAGUGGAUGAAGGUUUUCAUGGAUGACCUGUCCUCUGAUCGCCUUGAUGAACUGAAGAGAAAAUAUCACCAGUUAUGGUCUGAAAUCCUGGGAAUAAAGAAAAGCAAUGAAAAAAACAACCUGAAGUCUCUGAUGCUGGUUAAGUUAGAAGCCCUCUCCAAUGAAAUAAAUGAUUCAUCCAUAGGCCUUGAGCAUAUUUUGAGAGAGGUAGGGCAGAUUUACGAAGCUCUGGAAGCAAUGAAGUCAAAGGAUAAAUGUUUUGCCAAACUACCAGACAUCGCAGCUGAUCUGAUGGUUUCAGGGUAUCCCAUUGAGCUGAUGGAUGGUGACGCUUCUUACGUACCACUACGAUGGGUUGGAGCAAUCUUUGACAGUUUAAUUGAGAAGCUGGGGGACAAAAGAGUAUUUGUUCUUUCUGUUCUUGGCAUCCAGAGCACAGGGAAGUCAACCCUGUUGAACGCCAUGUUUGGACUUCAGUUUAACGUCAGUGCAGGGAGGUGCACUCGGGGAGCAUUUAUGCAGCUAAUUAAAGUGGAGGAGAAGCUGCAACAGGAUUUGAACUUUGAUUACAUGCUCGUUGUCGACACAGAAGGACUUCGUGCCAUAGAGAUGGCCAAUAAACAGUCCCUUAAUCAUGACAAUGAGCUGGCCACCUUUGUCAUUGGCAUCGGCAACAUGACCCUCAUCAAUAUCUUUGGAGAAAACCCUUCAGAAAUGCAAGAUGUCCUUCAGAUUGCUGUGCAGGCUUUUCUGAGGAUGAAGCAAGUAAAACUUUCUCCAAGCUGCCUAUUUGUCCACCAAAAUGUGGGAGAAAUCACUGCCAAGGAACAGAACAUGGAAGGACAAAGACGUCUGCAAGAAAAGCUGGAUGAGAUGACCAUGAUAGCACAGGAAUUCUGUGACAUCUCCUGCUUCAGUGACGUCAUCCGCUUUGAUGUGAACACCCACAUUCAUUACUUUGCUCACCUGUGGGAAGGAAACCCCCCAAUGGCACCACCCAAUCCCACCUACAGCCAGAAUGUCCAGGAAUUAAAGAGCAAAAUUCUUCAGGCUGCCAAGAAUGAGUCACCGGGCAGCGUGUUGAGGCUCUCCAGCUUGAAAGUUCGUAUUAGUGACCUCUGGAAUGCUUUGCUGAAUGAAAACUUCGUUUUCAGCUUCAAGAAUUCAGUGGAGAUUGCUGCGUACAAGAAUCUAGAAACUGCAUUUAGUCAGUGGACCUGGAAGCUGAGGAGUCACAUCUUAGAUGUGCAAAUAAAACUGGAGAAUAAAGUUCGGAAUGGGGAGCUGCAGAAGGUCACCACAGAUUACCUUGAAACACUAGUGCAAGAGACAAGUGAUGCUAUCACGAAAGACAUGGAAAAGUAUUUCAGUGAAGACAGAGACUGUGAGAUACUGAUCCAGUGGAAAGUCAGCACGGAACUGAAGCUGAAAGAACUAAAAGAGUCUCUUCUUCUUGAAACUAGAAAGAAGUGUGAGAAUCUUAUUGAACUAAGGAAGAACCAGUGUAAACUGGAUGAAAGGAAGUCAGAAUAUGAAAAUGAGCUCCUGAAAAAGAGCAGGCAGUUGGCUCUGUCUCUAAAAGGCCAGAAACUAAGUGACAGACAACUGAGAGACAACUUUAUUUCUCUUUGGGCAAUCUGGAUGGCUGAAGUCUCCUCUGCUGCUCCCCCGCCAGAACAGGUCGAUAUUGAUGUGGAAAUAGAAGAUGUCCUUCUAGAUCACUUUAAGGAGCCUAACUUACAUGCACGGAUCUGGACAUUUCCCAGACACAGAGUAUUUUCUGUUGACUUUGAAAAACAUAUUGCUACGAAAAAACGUUGGCACUUUUUUCCUAGGAAUCUUGAUGAUGCUGAGGUGAACACCAUACAGCACAUUACAGAUAACAUCAUAGAGUGUGUGAAGGCAAACAUUGAUAGGAAGGAAAAGGAGAAAAGGGAUUACAGUCGAAGUUUUAUUCAUGAAAUACUAAAUGAAAUACAGAAAGGUAUGAACUCUGUCCCUAGCACUGCAAAAUACAGUUUUAAUAAAGAUUACAGGAUCGAUUUAUCACUGUAUCUGUGCAGAAUGGCAGCAGAAAGGUUUAAAGCCAUGCAUGCAGCAUUCAAAAAAGCCAAUGAUCCAUCCAUCUACCUGGAGAGCAAGAGAGAAGAUUUCUUUAAAUGUUUCCAGAUUUCCUGCCAAGGAGCCACUUCUAUCACAACAUUUGCUGUUUUCCUGUGCGAGAAGAUUGCCCCAGCUCUUCACCAGGCUGUCUAUAACAAGACAGCUCUUACCAUAGCUCAAGACAUGCAGGGGAAAAUCUCAGAUUUCAAUGGCAAUAGAUCCUCUCUGGAAGUUUGCAUUCUGAGAUACCUGGCACAAGAAGAAAAUUUUCAGCAUUUCAAGGACUACCUUAGUUGCCCAGAAUACUUUUUAAAGAAUUACAUUGAGUCACGUGUUAAGACAUAUUGUUUAGAUAGGAACCGGAGGCUGGAGAAGUUUCUAGAGAACUCCCUUACUAUCUACUAUGAAUGCAUCCAGUCGGCUGUUUUUACAUCAACCAACAUCGUCAAAGACAGAAAAGACAGAAAUGACAAAAUCUCUCUUUGGCUGGAUGAAUUCUGCAGUGCACUGGGGGAGGUGCUGAGCUUGCCCAGAAGUGAGCUGAAGGGCAUUGAGCAUCAGGAGAUAACGGACAUAGAGUUUCUGAACAAUGCCAUGGCAGAAGCACUGGCUCCCCUGAGGGAACAGCUACAGGCAGAGUUUGCGAGUGCUGAUAUGAGCUCAUUUGAAAGGCAGCCUCACACCAUCCUGGCUGAACAGUUUUCAGGGUGCUGGGAGCAGUGUCCCUUCUGUGGGGCUGUUUGCACGAACACCAUGAGGAAUCACGAUGGAGACCAUCAGCUCAUCUUCCAUCGCCCGCAAGUUUUGACGGGAUACAGGUGGUAUAAAACAGAUAAUCUGGUCAUUGAUAUUUGUUCUAGUAGUGUUGCAAGUGAUUGUUUAUUCCUGAUUGGUGAAAACACAUGGAUCCCCUACAAGAGAUACCGGGAUGCAGGGCCUCCUUAUUCUACUUGGAACAUUUCUUCUGAUCCAUCCAUGCAAGCAUACUGGAAAUGGUUUGUCUCUCAUUUCAGGACAGAGCUAGAAAAACAGUACAAUGGAAAAUUUCAUGGCAAAGGAGAAAUCCCUGCUUCGUGGCAGAAGAUUACAAAGCAGGAAGCACUUAAUGAACUGGAGAAGCUUUAG